AUGCGCAUAACGCUCGGCAGCCCCCCGUUUCAAUCUCGCCCCAGUCGAGCACAUCUCUCGCUGCACCCCACGUCAGCAACGACGGAGACUGCGACCGGCCGCAAAUCGAAGAUGAAAAAGUCAACCGUCCCGGACGCCUGGGACGACGAUUGGGAGGCACAAGCCGACAAGGGGUUUCAGGAGCAAGAGGAAGAAGAUGCCGAGCGAGGCGGGGCAUCCCUUCACCUCGUCCCGUCACUGAGCAAGGCAGAGCGCCUCACCAGGCACGAGGAAGCGAAUCGGAAGAUGUGGGAGUCUGCAGACUCGUUGCCUCAGACGUUUCACUACGUCGAAGCCACCAAUACCGUCCCCUUGACCACAUCCUUCAAACCCCAAGUCAAGGUGCUCUCCCGCAAACCCAUUCUCGCCAAACGAGACGCCCUAACCGGCGCCAUGUCUCAACUCUCCAUGGAGGACGAGGACAACAGUGAAGGAGACGGAAAACAGCCGCUACCUACCGCGGAGGAGAUCCGGGCAAAGCAAAAGCGAGAUUUGCUAGAGAGGCAGCGUCGGUACGACGAAGCGCGGGCCAAGAUUUUCGGCCAGUCAAACCCUUCAUCCAGGGGGUCCUCUCCUGGAACAGUGACGCCUCCCAGGUCAGACUGCCGGCCUUCUUCCGCAAGGGGCCGUGGCAGGGGAGGCGGCCAGCGCGGUAAUGCCACCGGCACCGUCAACGAGAGUGUGAGGGGUCAGUCUGAUAUGAGACGGGCCAGCAACCAACCCGCUUCGGGCAGGGAGCUUUACGACCCCAACAUGUCAUCAUCAAAGGCGGACUCGGCGACCCAUCGCCGCGCUGGGGUUGGUGUAGGAGCAGUGCCAGAUACUGACGGCUCUGGGCCUCGAGGCGCAACACCGUCGAGGAAUGAUCAACAGCACCAGCACCAGCACCAGCACCAGCACCAGCACCCACUCCCGCAGCAGCAGGCUCCAAUACGAUCGCCACGUGGCCCCGACGGCAGCGGACGUGGAGGCUUCGGGUUCACCCGUCGCGGCAACCAAGAAAGCUGA